AUUUCUUAUUCCCUAAAAUGGAAAAAAUGAGGCAACUCAUUACAAUCAGCAAAUAUUGCCCGAAAGUUUUGUUACUCGUGGCUAUGAAGCUUUAUUAUCCCUACAUGAUGAAGAAGUGGUUCAGACAGUAUAAGAAUGUUGCAGUUUGUGAAGAUUUCAAUCUUAUUUAUGGAGACCAAGAUAGAAGAAAGAUGAUCAAUAAUGGAGGAACUGAGAUCCAGAUGCAUGUUGAUGGAGUUCUUGAGAAUAAAGAGUUAGACUUUAAAUUAGAGAUUUAUUACAGUGGAAUCUGGCUUCAUGUUUAUACUCCGAGAGCUAUUAGAGAAACAGUUGCUCUUGUUCCAGAUAAAAUAGAUCGUUCAGAUUAUGAAAAGUUUAGCUUUGGAAAGCUCUGACCUUAUUCUUUUGAAAGGCAAAGAACAUCCAAAGAGUGGAAGAUCAGGAAAGAAGCUAUUUUGAAGCAUACGCCUCUUAAGAAGCCAAGUGAUCAUAUCUUAAUGAUGCUUCAAAAGAUCAAAUAUGAAUCAAGCAAAUGGGAGGUUGACCAGCCAAUCGAUAUCAUUCUGUUUUUUAACAAUUUAUCUCUGGACAUGGUUUGUAUGACUCUUUUUGGAAGUGAUUUUAUGGAGAGUCCAUUAAAAUGCCCAUACAUAGAUGAAAAUAAUAGAACUAAGAAUAUAUCCCUUCCUCAAGCAAUAUUAAAUAUUUCUACUGAUUUAGACGAGAGUUACUCUUACCCUAUAUCUCAACACUUGCCUGUGAUCAACGAGAAGAGUUUAGGAAAUCCCUAUAAGAGAGAUAAGAAGAAUAUCGAACAAACCCAAAAAUCAUUAGCAAACUAUUUAAAAAUUAAAGAGAUCUCAGAAGAACAGGUUAUAGAAGACUACCUUAAUGUGAUAGACGCUGCUGACGAUACUUUGGAUAUUUGUCUUGUAAGCUGUCUUUUCAGGCUCAAACAAAAUUCUCAUGUACAUCGCAAGCUAGUUGAAGAACUCAAGAGUUGUGGAAUUACAGCAGCAAUAGAUGAUAUAAGUGAGUUAACAGCUGACAAACUUUCUGAUUGCGAUUACCUUACCUAUGUAAUAAAAGAAUGCUUGAGAAUGGACCCAUCUUCCAUUUGUACAGCUCCGUAUAUGACUUAUGAAGAUGUUGAGAUUUGUGGAGUAAGAAUUCCCGCAAAAAUGAACUUGGUAUUGAAUUUCAUUGGAUGCCAUUACAACUCGGACCAAUGGCAUGAGCCUACUAGAUUUAUCCCAGAGAGAUUUGAUCCCAGUAGUGAGUAUUUCCUGAAGCCUGGAACAGGUAAUCAUAAUAAGAUAACAGUAAAGAUGAUGUUAGAGAUCCAUUGGCAUUCAUAG